AUAUUUCCUGACCAUCUGUAAAUAACAUUGACUUUUGACUGGUCAGCUUAGUAUUGGAUUGUUGUUUUCAUAGUUGUAACUUUAAUGACUUAUUUGAUAAGUAACGCAUGCACCACAGCACUGAGGUAGCUCUUCCUAAAGCCAAUUGAACUUGUCAAAGAGAUCGAGGUCUAACUCUUGAAACAUGAGAAGGAAUCUUUCAACCUAAACCUUAACUGUCAACUAGUCCUCAGACCCUGAAGUGGGCUCACAUGUAAUUUAACAUGCACACACACACAUACCAGGGUGACAGCUAGGUCAGUCAGACACUCACACUCCGUUCAGGUGCUUUUAGGCGAUAGGAAAACCAGAGCUUUAAGAUCUGCCAUUACUGUGUGUUUGUGUGUGCUGAAACAGACCCACCUGCCCCUCUGCUUCAUUAGUGAUCCGGUCCUGUGUUAUUGUUCAUCAAGGAUGCCUCUGUUGCAUGAAAAUACUUUCAAAAAAAUGUGUUGUUUGUCGUUGGUGAUGGUGAUAGUGUUGACGAUGCUGUUGUACUUUUUAAUUUGUAAAAGCCAAAGGUUACUUUCAAAUAGUGUGCACAGAUAUUGAUUUUAUAUGUUUCUGUUUUAAUACUUUGUUUUGUUUUUAGGGAAACAUUUCUGUUUACACCUGUAUCUGAAAAUAUAGAUUGCAUAUAUAAAUACAUAUAUCAUUCAUCUCUCUUUGUGAGUUUGGCUUUUGAUAUGAUACGCGUGUGUUAAGCUUGAGUGUUUAUCACUUUGUUGGAUAGGCUUUUCAAAAAUCUUUUUAAUUUUUCUAUCCAAGUACACCAAAAACAUUGAUGGAAAAUGAAACAACAAAGCACACACUGCCAGAAGGUAUGAUUGCCUUUCCCAUACUGUCCUAAACAAAGAGUGGGGUGUGUAUUGGAGCUACUGGAACUCUCUUGUUUGUGAACAGAUGAGCCUGUAACAGUAGGGGGCUGAUUCAGGGAUUAUUAGAGCCUAGGGAGAGACUGUGUGUGGGGUACUACAGAGGGGAACAGCGCACAGCAAAAGUAAACAAGGUCUUUAAUCAAUCAGCGGAUGUUUAAAAGCAGGGAACAGGCGAGAAAAAGCAGGUUGGGAAUGGAGGCAGCCUGCAGUUUGUAAAGGAGGUUAUAAGUAGAGGAGCUAACUGUGCCAGAAAUACAGAGCAGACCUCAGCUGUUGCACUAGCCCAGUCUGAUCAGAUUUGUCAAGCCUCACCUCCUAUUUCUUCUCAACGGCCCUCCUUGUUGCCUCGUUUCCCUCUCCGGAGCCAUGCAUCCCCAGCGUCCUCUUCCCCAGGCCAUGCCCUCCUCCUCUCUGGGACAGCACCUGAGGGACAUGGCCAUGGGUCUGGGAAGAGGCAAGAACUUCCUUGGAGGAAACUUUGCCUACGGUUUCAUUCAAUCGUUUAAGGAGUGCCUCUAUUUCCUCCUCUGCUGCUGGUGCAUCAAAGAGAUCCUGGACUGACAGAGAGUAAAUCAAGUGGUCAAACAUUGAUUUUCCAUUUUUCUCCAUUGGCUCCUAUAGUGUAAUUUAAACCAGCUUUUAUUUCAUUGGGAAUGGAGUGUUUGAUCAGCGGUGCUGGCAAAGCAUUGGCAAGUAUAAGUCUUGUCUCAUAUGACAACAAACUACCACUUGAGCACUUAGCAAACUCUGUCUAAUUUAUAUAAAGCAAUUUAUGUUUUGUACUGUUUAAAGGAAGGUUCUCAAUUUAAAAAAAAAUGAGGUAUAGGUGUACUAAAUCAUACAAUGAUUUAAUGUGUUAAAAUAUUUUUAUCUCUAUUUUUCAGUAUCUGUAGGAUGCUCUUCUUGGGUUCCAGAAAAUACACAUUUGCACAUUUCCAGAAGCUAGAAAUGUUCACUGCAAGACUGGGUCAGUUUCCUUAUUUUCAACCCUGCUGGUCUGAGAUCCUGAUGACUGG